AUGAAUAUUCCCAAAUUCCACGACCGCGAGAAGGCCCUUGAAGACGAAUAUAUCCGCCGCAAGGAGGCAGAAAAGUUCAAACCUGCCACUACGACGCAGACAGGGACUGAAUCGCAGAGUGGAACUGGCAAUGUGGCGCAGAAUACCGAUCCGAAGCAAUGA